UCUUAAAAUGUUUCAUGCCGAGACGUUCCGAAAUCAAACGACAACCAGUUUUAUGUCAGAUAUUACUCUAUUAGGGCCCGUCGAAGUUCAUCGUGGUAGUCGAUAGAACGCGGCCUUUCGCGCAAUUCUCAUCAGCGAAGUUGGUACUUGUCGCUGAGCCCGUCGGUGGUCGGUUUGGGAGGAACUAGUUGAGAAGUCAGAAUUAGGGUAUCUAUUGGAGGAGAUAUAAAGAAAACGAAGGUAAAGGAACGAUGCCUUCACAGAAGAUUGAAACGGGUCACCAAGAUACCGUUCACGAUGUGGCCAUGGAUUAUUAUGGCAAGCGCUUGGCUACGGCUUCUUCCGAUAGCACAAUCAAAAUAAUUGGUGUGGGCAGCUCUGGUUCCCAGGAUCUUGCUACCUUGAGCGGGCACCAAGGGCCUGUUUGGCAGGUUGCAUGGGCUCACCCAAAGUUUGGGUCCAUCCUUGCUUCUUGCUCUUAUGAUGGCAAAGUGAUAAUUUGGAAGGAAGGCAAUCAGAACGAGUGGACGCAAGCCCAGAUCUUCACUGAUCACAAAUCUUCUGUUAAUUCUAUUGCUUGGGCGCCUCAUGAACUUGGUCUCUGCUUGGCUUGUGGAUCAUCUGAUGGCAAUAUAUCGGUUUUUACUGCCAGGGCUGAUGGUGGGUGGGAUACGACGAAGAUUGACCAGGCUCACCCUGUUGGCGUUACCUCUGUUUCAUGGGCCCCGUCGAUGGCUCCCGGUGCUCUUGUUGGGUCUGCUGUGCUUGACCCUGUUCAGAAGCUUGUCUCUGGUGGCUGUGACAACACAGUGAAGGUCUGGAAACUUUCCAAUGGGAAUUGGAAGAUGGAUUGCUUCCCUGCUCUUCAGAUGCACACUGAUUGGGUUAGGGAUGUGGCAUGGGCACCAAAUCUGGGCCUUCCAAAAUCAACUAUUGCAAGUGCUUCGCAGGAUGGAAAGGUUAUUAUAUGGACUGUGGCCAAGGAAGGGGAUCAAUGGGAAGGUAAGAUCUUGAAGGAUUUCAAGACCCCUGUUUGGAGGGUCUCCUGGUCGUUGACUGGAAAUAUUUUGGCUGUGGCUGAUGGGAACAACAAUGUUACAUUGUGGAAGGAAGCAGUGGACGGGGAAUGGCAACAGGUGACUACUGUCGAGCCUUAGGCCUGGGGUUCAAUUUUUUAGCUCCUCUUCAUCUUGCAACUACUUAUUUUUUUCUUUUUAUCGUCGUGAAUGUUGAGCAAUAGGUUGACUGUUUUUCCCCAAUUUUAUUUUUGUAUUCCUUUUCCAAUUUCACCAUUCGUGAACUAAACCUUACCUUUAUUUUCAUGUACUGUUCUUUUGAUGUUCAGUUAAGACUCUUGGUUUUACUGGAUUUAGGGUGAAACAAAAGAAGGUUAAUGAACUCUUAGCAGGCAUUUUCCUGUUAUAUCAU